AUGGUUUUAAAAAGUGUUCAGGCAUUUGCUCGCAGAGCUGGUUGUGGUGGGGGAGGUGCAGGGGAGGUGGGACUGCAGCCUGGGCUGGCCUCAUUUGAGCUUGUUCCCAAACCCAUCCUCUGCCUGGAUAAAAUGCCCAUCCUGGAGGGAUUUGGUCAGCUGGAGGAUCCUGCACCAACUAACACUGUGUUCCUGAUCAAUGAUCUCAAACUUCCCAUCACCACCCUUAAUAUCGCUGCCCUCUCUGCAGGGACAAGUGUGGUACCUCAAGGUUCUGUCUUGGGCUCAGGAUUCUCCAACAUCUUCAUAAAUGAUGGAGGGAUGAGGGGAUUGAAGGGCCACUCACCAUAUUUGCAGAUGACAGCAUGUGAAGGAGAAUUUCUAACACUUUGGAAGGAAACGGAAAAAUGGGGAAAUGGGACCACAGUGACCGAAUUUGUGCUUCUUGGGCUCUCUACAAACUUCAGAGUUCGUGCUGGAUUGUUUGUCCUCUUCUUGGUUAUCUAUCUCAUUGCUGUAGCCGGCAAUGGCCUCAUAUUGAUGCUGAUUAUCGUAGACUCCCACCUCCACACACCCAUGUAUUUUUUCCUUAGCAACCUCUCCUUUAUUGACAUCAGCUAUAUCACCACCUCUGUCCCACAGAUGCUGGUCCACUGCUUCAUGGACAGGCCUACUAUCCCACUGGGCAGAUGUUUUGCUCAGAUGUCUAGUGCUCUCCUUUUAGGUGUUGUGGAGUGUCUUUUGUUAGCUGUGAUGGCUUACGACCGCUUUGUGGCAAUAUGCUAUCCUCUGAGCUACAACCUGAUCAUGAGUCGCAAUUUAUGCAUCCAGUUGUCUGCGAGUGUGUGGGUCAGUGGCUUCCUUUUGACUAUUAUACCCUUUUUCACCAUGCAGGCAACUUUGUGUGGGCCAAACGUGGUGAAUCAUUUCAAGUGUGAACUGCAGGCAGUGUUGAAAGUAACUUGCUCUGACACCCAUGCUAAUGGAAUUACCCUGAUAAUUACCAGUGUCUUCACCCUAGCAUUACCCUUCUUCUUUAUCGUGGUCACGUAUGGCCGUAUAGGAUGCACUGUUUUGCAUAUCCAUUCAACACAAGGUCGGAGCAAAGCCUUGUCCACCUGUGGAUCUCAUCUCACUGUAGUGAGCAUUUAUUAUGGCACCCUCCUGGCCAUGUAUUUGAGGCCUCAGGCCAAGACAUUCUCCAAUAGGGAAAAAGUAGUGGCAGUUUUUUAUAGUCUUGUGAUCCCCAUGUUAAACCCCAUCAUUUAUAGCCUGAGGAACAGGGAUGUGAAGGGAGCCUUCUGCAGACUGGCUGGGAAGAAAGUAGAGGAACCAGGUUGA